CUGUUUUGAGGAUGGCUACGAAACCCAGCUGAUCGAGAGGUUCGGUAAACUGAUUUUAAAAAGUGAACCCGGCCAGUUGAUUCUCUGUCUGUAUUCAUCGCCGUUAUAGUUAAGCUGCAAGUAGAGGUUUAAACUUUAGCCAAGCAGCGAAAUCUCCGAGAAUGGUUUCCUACUUGAUAUCUCGCCUGGUUGUAUUGGUGUUUGGUACCCUGUAUCCAGCCUAUGCUUCCUACAAAGCUGUCAAGACAAGAAACGUCAAGGAAUAUGUGAAAUGGAUGAUGUAUUGGAUAGUUUUUGCAUUGUUCACGUUUGUGGAAACGGUAGCCGACAUCUUCGCCUCAAUACUUCCAUUUUACUACGAAGCCAAAAUCCUCUUCAUUUUCUGGCUGAUUUCGCCAUGGACGAAGGGCUCCACCUACCUCUACAGGAAAUUCAUUCACCCCACACUAAGCAAGCGAGAACAGGAAAUCGACGAGUACAUAUCACAGGCAAGCAACAAGGGCUAUGAAGCACUGAAGAAGGUCAGCAAAGAUGGACUGACGAUUGCUGCCAAUGUUGUCAUGACAUCAGCGAUAAAGGGCCAAACGACCCUGAUGGAUCAGCUGAAGAACUACAACAAAAACGCAGCCAAGAAUGCAAUUCCAGAAGAGGAUGAGGGCGAGGUGGCGGUUGUGGAAAGAGAUGGAGGAGAUGGGAGCAAAGAGGGCCAAGACUCAGACGGGGGAAAGGAGAAGGAAUACGAUCGCCCCCUCAGAGAGAGAUUAGAAUCAGACCCGGACAUGUCCCCAGACCUGCUGGACAGCCUGCAGAGCCUCGACAACCGCCUCCGAGAAGAAGAGGAAACCAUCCGCUACGCGUCACAGAUCGGGGAAGUGGAACAGCAUUUGGAGGAACACGAUUACGAGGAAGAAGAACGAGUCAGACGUCGCCGGAAGAGACCAGAAUUCAGCCCCCGACGGCCGACGUCCAGACACUACGACCAACAAACCAGGGAGGAAUACGACAAUGACGCAAACACCAUGUACCUGCCGGAGGACGACCGAGCUUUCCAUCGGUCCCCGUCGCUACGUUCGCUGAGAGAGCAGCCUUACAUGUCAACGGCAGGCGGGAACGUGCCGCGCUCACACUAUGCCUCUGCUGACAAUCUGAGCAGAAAACCACCCAGAAAAAGACAGGAGCCAGUUACACCGGGUGCAGAGAGGUCUCAGGGGCGAUAUGCAUUGCGGAAUACAGGCAUCAAAAUGACCAGGAAACAGAAGAACUCUAAAUCAACAGCAAAAAGUCCCCAAAAAGGGCACACAGGAACCCUUUAAAGUAUAAGCUGUUUAUGGCUAUUGGACUGCAUGGGGGACAAAAUGAGCAAGUUUGGAGAUUUCAACGGCGCUCUAGAAAUUGUGAAAGUUUUUCUUUAUUUCCCAUUGACAUAUUUACGUCUGUGUUUGGAAAACAAGAUUUUCUGUAAUAGUUGUAACAGAGCAUUUGCUCGGUGCACCUUCACUGACGUACCAUUGGUAUCAUAGAGGAACCUGCCCUCAGGUGUGGCGACCGGUGCAACGGGUCUGUAGAGUAAUAGUUGUGCAAGUGCCAGUGUUGAAAUGGUGAUAUCAACCAUCAAAAUACACACCUUAUAACAAACACAACAUUUUAACAUAGUUGCACCUUAAGGUUAUGUAACUUUCAUAUGGUGGGAUGUAUUGAUAACUUGAUAUUUAUUUAUUUCUGUCUAAAACUUCAAAGCACAAGCCUGCAAAAACACAGAAGUUUGUAAAAUAGACAGAUCUUCUUAAAAGGUUACACUUUUACAGCUUAACUUUUAUCUUGUGGAAGAGUUGCAGUGGACAUUUAUUCAUCCCUCCAUAGUUUGUGACAUGGUAAAUCAAUUUGUUGCUUAAUGUAGGGAAAAUGCAUUGGUUUUUUUUCAGAUAUGAAUAUCUCACAUUAAGUAUUUUUUAAUGCUUACCUUGGAUUUCUUCAUUGAUUGUACUUAAAAUCACACCUGAAAAUAAAAAAAUAUGAGAAACAACGGCUACAGCUUAUUUCAGUACAAAAUUAGAUUUCCGAUAUUUUGUUGUCAGAAAAGUAAUGUUAAGAGAUGUGUAAUUUCAUGUUAAUUAAGUGUAUGUUGAUGUUGGCCUUAAUAAUUCAUUAACGGUUUGGUUUAGUAAUUUGUUCAAUGCACCAGUUUUGUUUUUUGUGAUAAUGUUCAAAAUACCACUUUGUCGCCCCCAAAAGUGACAUUCUGGGCCAUGUAAAUGACUUCUGUGUGAAUAAGCAAUGAAAACGGGGAAAUACCUAAGGGAUUCAGAUAAUGAAGUACACAUUUAAUCAAAUUCAAAUUCGGAUCAAAUGUCUGCUUUUGUUGAAAGUGUAUUGUGUGUAUUACUAAGUAUUACUACUAUACUAUGUGGGCAUUACCUCAGAAUCAGCAACAUUCAGCACCCAUUAGUGGUUUUGGUAAAUUCUUAUAGAAAUUGUUUCGAUAUUUGUGCCUUGCAGUCCUACCUUGUAAAAAAUUACACACAUUUUGGGCAUUCAGAACUUAACUGUAUAUUUGUUUUACUUUUUUGCCUUAAGUUAUGUUUUGUAAAAGAAAAAGGCAUUCGGAACUUAAUGAGAUUAUUGUACAUAAAAGCACACAAUGAGAAUUCCAUUUUGGGAGUAAGAUAGAAAAUAAGUCCACUUAACACCGUGUUGCCUGGCUUUUGUCUGUAAUUAUGUGAUGUUCGUUUAUAGGCUUCUUAAAAUUGUUAAUACCUCUUUGUUGUUCACUAAUGGAAGUAGAUGUCAAUAAGUGGUAGCGGUUGUGAUUUCAUAUUCGGUGUGUAAGAGAAAACAUAAUAAGAGAAAGAGAAUAAUAAGUUUACAAUUGAACUGUCUGAAUAAAGUCAUAUUUUGUAAGAAAGAA